AUGGCGUCCAUCCAGUGCCUUAACCCUAAGGCUGAACUUGCCCGACACGCCGCCGCACUCGAGCUGAACAUUAGCGGUGCUAGAGGUCUGCAAGAGGUGAUGCGCUCGAAUCUCGGACCAAAGGGUACACUAAAAAUGCUGGUGUCCGGAGCUGGCGACAUCAAGCUAACUAAGGAUGGUAAUGUGCUUCUUCAUGAGAUGUCUAUUCAACACCCCACCGCUUCUUUGAUUGCGAAAGCAUCAACUGCGCAAGACGAUAUAACGGGGGAUGGGACGACUUCGACAGUUCUUCUCAUUGGAGAAUUGCUCAAGCAGGCAGAAACUUAUGUCCUGGAGGGAGUUCAUCCUCGACUAAUUACUGAGGGGUUUGAGUGGGCCAAUGCUCGUACCCUGGAGUUGUUGGGAAAGUUCAAACAAGAGGUCGCAAUUGAUCGGAAUGUUUUAAUCGAAGUAGCACGUACAUCUCUCCGCACCAAGCUUCAUCAUAAACUCGCUGAUCACAUAACUGAAUGUGUUGUCGAUGCUGUUCUAGCAAUCCGUCAAGAUAAUAAGGAACCGGAUCUUCAUAUGAUCGAGAAAAUGGAAAUGCAUCAUGAAACUGACAUGGACACCACCCUUGUACGUGGUCUUGUGCUCGAUCAUGGAGCUCGUCAUCCUGACAUGCCAAAACACGUGGAAAAUGCAUACGUAUUGACGUGCAACAUCUCACUGGAGUAUGAGAAAACCGAAGUUAAUUCUGGUCUAUUCUACAAAACCGCUGCGGAACGCGAAAAAUUGUUGGCUGCAGAGAGAGAGUUCAUCACAAGGAGAGUACUCAAGAUUAUCGAUCUGAAGAAGAAAGUGUGCAAAGAGGGUGACAAUAAAGGCUUUGUUGUAAUCAACCAGAAAGGCAUUGAUCCUCCAUCUCUUGACCUUUUGGCGGCUGAAGGGAUUCUUGCUCUCCGUCGUGCCAAACGUCGUAACAUGGAAAGACUACAGCUAGCCUGUGGCGGAGAAGCUGUAAACUCAGUUGAAGAUCUUUCACCGGAUGUUCUUGGAUAUGCCGGGUUGAUUUACGAGCAUACACUGGGCGAAGAUAAGUAUACAUUCGUGGAGAACUGCCGUGAUCCUAAAUCUGUAACGCUUCUCAUCAAAGGACCUAAUAAACACACCAUUCAGCAGAUUAAGGAUGCACUUCACGAUGGGUUGAGAGCUGUUUUCAACACAAUUACUGACAAGCAUUUGGUUCCUGGAGCUGGAUCUUUUGAAAUUGCCGCAUACUGCAUGUUGAAGAAGGGGAUGGAGUCUUUGAAAGGACGAGCCAAACUUGGUGCAUUGGCAUAUGCCAAUGCGUUACUAAUAAUACCGAAGACACUGGCUAUUAAUUCUGGGUAUGAUGCUCAAGAAACUAUUGUGAAGCUUGUAGAGGAAAGAGAAACAAGCGAAAACAUACCAAUAGGAAUCGACCUUGAUAGUGGUGAACCGGCACAGCCCAUAGGAAUAUGGGACAACGUGAUUGUCAAGAAGAAUAGCCUCGCCUCAUCCUGUGUUAUUGCGUGUAACCUCCUUCUUGUGGACGAGGUUAUGCGUGCUGGUAUGACAAAUUUGAAAUCCAAUCAGCAAGAAUAG